AUCUGUGGCCAGGCUGGGACAGCUCAGAUGCCAGCCCAGCAGUAAGCAGGGUGCCACGACCUCGCCUGGCACUUCUCCCUGCUCCAGCAUCUUGGAGGGGUUCAGGUCAUCUCCAGGUUUCUCUGUGGCUCUCAUUCAUUUUGGCUCUCCUUUACACCCUACCCCUCCCCUCAACAGGCAAGGAGAAGAUGGUGGCCAUGGUUGUGGUGGGGUUUCUCUUUAAUGGAUGCCAGAAAUGAGCCCUUGAUGCCCAGGCACCAGAGCUGCUGGCGUAGCCCUCAGUGGGGAUGGCAAGCCAAACGGGGCUGAACACCACGGACAGCCUAAAGCUGCUUCCUGUCCCUGAGCAGUCCAUUGCCCAGCAGGUGGUGGGCCUCCUCUGCAUGGUCCUGCUCACACUCACUGCCCUGGUGGCCAACACUGUGGUGAUGGUUGUCAUUCUCAAAACCCCGCUUCUCAGGAAGUUCAUCUUUGUUGGCCACCUCUGCAUGGUUGACCUCCUCUCGGCCAUUUUCCUCAUGCCUGUGGGAAUCAUCUCCAGCUCCUCCUGCUUCAGCAGGGUAGUCUACAGCAUUGCCGAGUGCCAGGGCUUGAUAUUCCUGAAUGUCUGAUUCAUCAGUGCCUCCAUCCUCACCAUUGCCAUCAUCAGCGUGGAGCGGUACUACUACAUCGUCCACCCCAUGAGGUAUGAGGUCAAGAUGACCAUCAGGCUGGCAGUGGCAGGAGUGAUCAUCAUUUGGGUCAAGUCUGUUCUCGUCACUGUCUUGGCAAUAGUAGGCUGGCCUCAAGGCAACGGGGCCACCAGUGCCAGUCGCUGCACAGUUUACUGGAGCCCUGGGGCCCACAAGAAGGCUUUCCUGAUCAUCUUCAGCAUUGCCUGCUUUGUUCUGCCCACCAUCAUCAUCUUCGCUGUCUAUAGCAGUGUCUACCGUGUGGCCCGGAUGGCAUCCCAGCAGCACGCGCCUGUGCCGGCACAGGCGGUUGCACCAAGACACCGAUCUGACUCCAUCGCCAGCCUAGUGGCCAUCAUCAUCACCAGGAACCUGCCGGUGCCCAGACUGGCGCCAGAGCGCUUUUUGGGAAGCAACAAGGCCAUCCUCACCUUGGUCCUCAUUGUGGGACAGUUCUUGUGCUGCUGGCUGCCCUUUUUUGCUUUCCACCUGCACUCCUCUGUGGCUGCUGGCACGGAGGCUGCAGGGCACGGGGAGAUGGUGGUCACAUGGAUUGCCUACUCCUCCUUUGCCAUCAAUCCCUUCUUCUACGGGUUGCUGAACCGCCAGAUCCGGGAGGAGCUGGCCCGGCUCCGGCGCAGCUGCUUCAACCAGCCGCUGGGCCAGGAGCUCUGUCUUUCCAUCUCCGAGGCUUCUGUCCAGGAAAACUUCUUGCAGUUUCUCCAGAGAGCAACUUGCACACUGGAGACCCAUGCCAGCUGCAUCAGCCCCAGCCCCAGGGACAGGCUGGACCAGACCAAGGUGAACUUCCCCAUCCCAGGUCAAGUUCCUGAAGAGAGCAGCUGAGAAGCAGGAGGCCCUGUCCCAUUGUGCUGGGCAGGAGGAUGGGCAGGGAACCUGCCAGGGACCCACUGGACCUGCUUUGAUCCAGCUUCUCAGAUUUGGAGGGGUCCUUGUUCAGGUUUUGCCUCUUCUCUGAGCUUAUGGUAGAAGACGGUUUCUCCAUUCAGGAGAAGGAAGAUCUGGGGAAGCCUCAUCUCCCUUCCACAGGCUGGGAUUGACUCUGGCUCCACCAGCACAGGCUAGUUGCAUGGACCCUUCUCAAGACACAGGGUGCCAAGGGGCUCCUGUGCAGAGGCAGAUGAGAGGGCACCUCCAUCUCCAUCACCUUGCUGGGACCACUUGUGGCCAGCGGGGAAGAGCAGAUGUCCCUUGUACCCUACCCAGGAGCAAUGGACCAACUAACACCACUAACACCAGUAAUCCCCACUGAGCCUGGACAGCUGUCAUGGAGCCUUCCCUCCCUGGCUGCUUAACCCAAAACUAACUUCUGGGUAAAGGAGCUCCUGUCACUGAUGGCACUUACCAGUGGGACAGCACCCUUGGGGCUGGCUCUGGCCAUGUCUGUGUUUAUCCUGCUGGCAUGGCAGCAUGUGAUGUCUGUAACUAUGGCCUCCAUGGGGAAUGCUGGGCAGCCGGGGCCAGUGUGUUUAUGGACACAGCUGCCCCACUGAAGCCCAGCCAGUGGUGCCACAUGCCAGCCAAACUGGGCUGCUGGCCAGUGGUGGACGUGGUGGCACAGGGUGAUGGUGGGGCCAUGUGGGGCUCCCCUAGGCAACAGCAGUGGAAGAGGACCAGGAGCUGCUUUCCCCUUCCAGUCUCAUUGCUUCUGGGGACCCUCCCAUGGGGUCCCCAGCACAAGAAAGGGGAUUGGACACUGUUGGGGAAUGCUGGAGGCAUCACUCCCAGCCCACUACAAAGGGCCCAGGAAUGGUGCUGGUUGGAGAUGCCCCUGCCCCAGUAAUAACUGGUGGGCUGGAAGAGAACUGCC